CUCUCCUUCUCCCUUUUCAAUUUUCUGUUGUAACUCCCUAUUUCUCUAGUGUUUUUGCGGUUAACGUUAACUCGUAAGUUUUUUUUGUAUUACUUUUUAUUGUAAAUUGUAAUUUUUGAUUUUUAUGAUAUUAGUUGAACUACUGUUUUUUGCAGAUGGCAUUCCUAAAGUUCACGCUUGGGUUACGGUGGAAUGGUUACACGGAAGAGAGCAGAAAGGGGGUCACCUACGUCGAUGGCAAUUUUUAGAAAAUAAAGGUCGCCACCAGACCGAUGCUUGAAGACCUCAAUCAAAUGUGUACUAACGUUACUUGCAUGGAUGGCACGAGAAGAGUUGAUCGUAUGGUGUACCGAUAUCCAAACAGAGAAGGCGGGUUGUUGUGGCACGAGGAAUAUCUCAUAACCACUUAGGAUGAGGUAGAUUCUGUGCUCGAAUUCUUGAGGUCCAACAAUCUUUCCAGAGUCGAGAUGUUCGUUUACACCGAGCCGGUCAUAGGCGUUGGAGGUCAUUCUGGAGACGGUCAAACAUCUAGUAUCCAUGGUGGAAGUGAAUUAUAUGGAGAUCAUCCCUACCAAAGUUACCAUGAUCCUCAUUCCUAUUUUCAGUACCAAGAGCAAGGUGAAGGUCAUCAUCAAUCUUACCCAUCAUAUGAAGAAGAAGUUCAACCGGACCAUGCCAACCAACCCCAGUACAACUUCCAAUCAGGCAGUGGUAGUUUUCACAACUACCAUUAUGGAGCUGAUGAAGGUGCCUUUCAUGAGUUGGAUCAGAUGGAAGAUGCCCUGCCAGCACCAGUCAGUGACCCCUCUGAUGAAGAAGGAGAGAACAACGUCAGUGCAGACAGCUCCAACCCUCUUGAUGGUGCUGAUGAUUCAGGACCAGAGUCUGACUUAGAUAAUGAUGAUGAGGUGGCUCAUGACCGUGUACCAGUCCCCUACUACAAUCACAUUCCAGAUGGCAAUUGGAUGGUCGACAGCGACAUGGAACCCCCGGCGGUUCCAAUAUGGGGUCCACUCACUGGGUUUAUGAAGGGAAAACAAUUUGGCUCGGAGAAGGAGGUGCGAUACGCCAUUGAUACUGAAGCAAUGACUCGGCAUUUUCAAUGGCACACAACUCAUUCCAACACGAAAAGGCUCAUAGUCAGAUGCCGUAAUCAUAACGAGGGAUGCAAUGUUAGGAUUCGAGCCAUCAACAGCAAGAGACACGACUUUUGGGUCAUAUCCCGUGCGGUGAACACACACACAUGUGUGUCAUCCAUAACAUCCCAAGGCCAUCGACAGUUGAAAUGCAGGGUGGUUGCUGCAGCUAUCAAGCAUCUAAUUGAGCAAGAUCCUGACCUGAAGGUGAAAGUCAUAAUCGCUAACAUUGCAAGUCGUUAUGGUUAUAUGAUUAACUAUAAGAAGGCGUGACAUGGAAAGCAGAAAGCUCUGGCCGCCGUAUUUGGUGAUUGGGAAGAAUCAUAUGCAUUCCUUCCCUGGUUGAUUUUGGCACUGGAGGCGUCUAACCCUGACACUGUUUUCUCCCCUCGAUACCAAGAUGAAGAGGUACAACCGCCAGAGCCAGGUAACAAACGCCAUUUCAGACGACUUUUUUGGGCAUUCAAGCCAUCUAUUGAUGGUUUUGGCUUCUGUGUCCCUGUGAUCCAAGUGGAUGGUACAUUCCUUACCGGCAAGUACAAGGGCACUCUACUGAUUGCCAGUGGGGCGGAUGAAAACAAACAAGUAUUUCUGUUAGCCUUCGCCAUUGUUGAGGGAGAGAAUACUGAUAGCUAUGGAUGGUUUUUUCGGCAAAUUCAGCUCCACGUCACUAGGAGGACGAACCUGACAAUAAUAUCUGAUCGGCAUGCCGGGAUUAGAGCUGCCAUAUUAGGUUUAGAUCCAACCUGGAAGUGGUCCCAAAGGUGGUGCAUACGACACUUCAAGAGCAACUGGAAGUCCGGAACCAUCAUUUCAAGAGGAAGAAGCUUGUUGAUAAUUUGUGGUGGAUUGGUAAGCUCUCUAUUGGUUGUUUAAUUUUGUCUGAUAACAAUAUCUUAUAUCAAAUAAAUGGUACACUUGUUAGACUCUUUCUAAAGAGAUGCAUGCCUAAGGAAAUGGGCUUUUAAGCGAUUAUCAUGAUCCUCCCAUUUCCUGGGAAAAUCGGGUUUUAAGCGAUCCUCAUAUCCCCCAUUUCUUGUCAACCAGGUUGUGUUUCUAAGGAGAUGUAAACCUCUCCAAAGAGUCUAACGAGAGUACCUGUUGGUUGUUCGAAUUGUAAUAAAUUGCCGAAUUAUUACUAACGUAAUACUUGAUUGUGAUUACCUCAGCUGUUGCAUACCAAGAGAAAAAAUUCAAGGAGAAGUUCCAGAAGAUGCGCGAAUUAUGCCCUGAAGGGGCAUAGUGGCUGGAUGGACACGACCUAUCCAUGUGGACAUUUCAUAAAGACGGAGGUACAAGAUGGGGUAUGCCCACAACGAACUCAUUAGAGAGUAUCAAUUCUGCCUAGAAGGGUGUUCGGGCGCUGCCAAUCGCUGCCAUUGUGGAGAUGACUUUCUGGAAAACGAAUGGAUGGUUCGUCAAUCGACUACACUGCGCAAGGACGAACGAGGCACAGGGAAAGGUCCAUGCCAAUAAAGUCACAGAAAUAUUGGAGCAUGACAAUCAGAAGAGUAGUCGACACAGUGUAACUGUUAUGAAUCGGGCAACUGGCGAGUUUAGCGUGAAGACCGGACACCAUGAGGAUGGUAGACGCGGGGGCCAUCGCCAUGAAGUUUUGGUAAAUUUCAGGACAAAACUUGGUGAGAGCUCAUGCCAGAAGUAUCAGGGGAGAGGGUGGCGAUCUUCUCAUGUAAUGGCUGUAAUUAAAAACAGGAGCAAAGACCCCCAUCACUUCGUCAGUCCAUUCUUCAAUAUCGACUCACUCAAAAAUUGCUAUGGACGGAGUUUCCGUGCAUUUCCUGAUGAAGCUUAUUGGCCGGUGUACUCAGGAAAGUUGAUAAUCCCGCCGUUCAGACAGAGGCGUGAACCGGGUCGACCGAGGAAAAAUAGAAUUCAUAAAGAAAUGGAUCAAAGUGGAAGACCACCACGAGGCCCAAGACGAUGUUCUGUAUGCAGAGUUCCAGGGCCUGAUAAACAAAGUUGUCCAGG